UUUUUAUAUAGAAUAUGUAGUGAAAUGUGUUACUCCUGUUAGGCCGGUCUGGAAAUAAAAAAAACAUUAAAAUCCAAUAAAAAUACCGAAAAUAGUUUUUUUUUCUAUAUAUUUAAACAACAAAUUUUAAGUCCAUUUCGAUGCAGGCUCAUCAUGCCAUGCCUGAUUUCCGAUGCCGGAAUAAUUGCCAGCACAAGGAAUGCCAGCGCCAUGCGCCGCUGGGUAUUAUUGAUCAGCACACACAAUGCAAGUGCUUGGGCGAGGUCAAUGCCUCGUCGAUAUUUCUGGAGAAUGUGCUCGACUUGGCCAACUCCCUGGCGCAAAUAAUGAUCCUCUGCGGCUUACACGAAUGCAAGGCCAAGUCAACAGUUGACAUUAUUUCAUAUGCCUUUCUGCACUACGAUCAGGUUUGCUACUGCAUUGAUACGAUACCCAAGAAACGGCUACGCAAAGAAGACAUCUUCCACGAGCUUGGCAAAAAGUCACUGAUGAACAAGGUGGAGGCACACCUUGCAUAUAACAUCAUUAAGCGCGGAUUCAAGGCCUAUUAUUACGAACCGAAACAGGAGCUGACCUAUGAUGAUCAGGGGAGACCCAGCUAUAAUGACGAGUGCAUAUGGGUGCAUGCGGCACGCAAGACAGCCGAGAGCUUUGCGCGCUUUGACGGCCUCUCCUGCAAUGAGCAGAUGGCUUAUGAGGCCAAGAUCAAGAUAGUGUAUAAGAAGUUCUACGACCGCAUGCAGACCCGCAAGCGCCAACCAGAGGGCGAUGACUGCAAUUGUUGCUUCUGUGCAAAGAAACGUGGACAUCUUGUCUAUGCUAAAGAGCCGGUGCCUUGCAGUACCAAGCGCAAGCCGAAGCACGUAUGCCCCUACUGCUGCAAGAAGAAGCAGAAGCAACAGUAUACUCAUCCAGCUCGUCAGCCAGCCAAGUGUCCCAAGUGCCACAAGUCACGCAAGUUCUGCUGCUGUGCCAAGAUGGACUUCAAUCUGCAAUGGGUCAAGAGUAUCUGGGAUCGUCCUGAUUUCAAUCAAUAUUAUAAAAAUGAAAUCGCCGAGAUCGAACAGCGUUUGGUCAAGGGCUCCUGCUGGCUGCCACCAGAGCCAACAGGCGCAGACGGUGGCGUUGGCGAGGCUUUAGCGGAGGAGGAGGAUGAAUUCUCACCUCAAACACAACUGGCUCUAGGCGGCAAGAACGUUGGCGGCCCAAUCAAAGAAGACGAAGAAGAGCAGGAAGAGGGUGCAGCUGCUGUAGACCCCGAACAGGCACCGGAACCAUCCAAGGACGAGGAGGAAUAAGCCGUCAACGAAAUUCGAACAAAAUUUGACCAAAAGGAUUUAAUUUGAAAAUUAUCCAGUCUUGUUAAAAAUUUAAUGUAAUUAUUGAUUUAAACUAACCUUUAGCUAAUAAUAUGAAGUUAAGCAAUGGCUGAAUCUCUAAGCUGGCA